AUGGAGCCCACCAGCGUGCCCCCGGCCUCUGUGACCCCCUCGUGGGACGUGUUCCCCCAGCAGACCCUGGAGCCCGUGGACAUCGCCGUGCUCGUGCUCUAUUUCCUCUUCGUCCUCGCCGUGGGGCUCUGGUCCAUGUGGAAGACGCAGCGCAGCACCGUCAAGGGCUAUUUCCUCGCCGGGGGACAGAUGGUCUGGUGGCCUGUGGGUGCAUCCCUGUUUGCCAGCAACGUGGGCAGCGGGCACUUCAUCGGCCUGGCAGGCUCGGGAGCUGCCUCAGGCAUUGCAGCCACAGCCUACGAGUGGAAUGGGAUGUUCUGUGUGCUGGUGCUGGCCUGGCUCUUCCUGCCCAUCUACAUCGCCUCGGGGGUUACGACCAUGCCGGAGUAUUUGCAGAGACGUUUUGGAGGCAAAAGAAUUCAGAUAUUCCUGGCCAUUCUCUACUUGUUCAUCUACAUCUUCACCAAAAUAUCUGUGGACAUGUACGCCGGGGCCCUGUUCAUCCAGCAGGCCUUGCACUGGGACCUGUACAUCGCCGUGGCCGGGCUGCUGGCCAUCACUGCCGUGUACACCGUGUCUGGUGGCCUGGCAGCUGUGAUCUACACGGAUGCCCUGCAGACCCUCAUCAUGUUGGUCGGGGCCCUGUCCCUCAUGGUCUUCAGUUUUAUUGAAGUUGGUGGCCUUGAAGGUUUACAGGCAAAAUACUUUGAUGCCAUUCCCAGCAUCCGCAGGGAGAACAGCAGCUGUGGCCUGCCCAGGGAAGAUGCUUUCCACAUCUUCCGAGACCCCGUCACCUCUGACCUGCCCUGGCCAGGAGUCCUGCUGGGAAUGACCAUCCCAUCCCUGUGGUACUGGUGCACAGAUCAGGUCAUUGUUCAGAGGUCCCUCGCUGCCAAAAACCUCUCCCACGCCAAAGGAGGCUCCUUGAUGACCUCCUACUUGAAGAUUUUGCCCCUCUUUAUGAUGGUAAUGCCAGGCAUGAUCAGCCGGGUUCUCUUCCCAGAUCUGGUGGCUUGUGCAGACCCAGAAAUUUGCCAAAAAAUCUGUGGCAACCCCUCUGGCUGUUCUGAUAUUGCUUAUCCCAAGCUGGUGUUGGAGCUCCUGCCCGUAGGGCUCAGGGGCCUGAUGAUGUCCGUGAUGAUAGCAGCCCUCAUGUCCUCCCUGACUUCCAUCUUCAACAGCUCCAGCACCAUUUUCACCAUGGACCUCUGGAAACACUUCAGGCCCCGCUGCUCCGAGUGGGAGCUGAUGAUCGUGGGCAGGGUGUUUGUGCUGCUGCUGACCGUGGUGUCCAUCCUGUGGAUCCCCCUGGUGCAGGCUGGCCAGGGCGGGCAGCUCUUCAUCUACAUCCAGUCCAUCAGCUCCUACCUGCAGCCGCCCGUGGCCGUGGUCUUCAUCCUGGGCUGCUUCUGGAGGAGAGCCAACGAGAAGGGUGCCUUCUGGGGGCUGCUGGUGGGGCUGCUGCUGGGCGCCGUGCGCCUGGUGCUGGAUUUCGCCUUCCCCGAGCCGCGCUGCGGGGAGCCCGACGGCCGGCCCGGCGUGCUCAAGUACAUGCACUACCUCUACUUCUCCAUGGUGCUGGGGGCCAUCACCACCCUCACCGUGCUCCUGGUCAGCCUGGCCACCGAGCCCCCGGCCCCCGAAAUGAUCAGCCGGCUCACCUGGUUCACCCGCGGGGAUGCUCCGGCCGGGCAGGAGGGGGCAGCCCCCGGCCCCGCCGCUGCCAAGGAGCCGCUGCAGCUGGAGCUGAGCCCCGCUCCCGAGAGCUGCGAAGGGAACAAAGGUGCAGCCGAGGCCAAGGGCAGCUCCAAGCUGCUGAGCACCUUGCUGUGGCUCUGCGGGAUGGAGCGCAGGCAGGAGGCUGCCGAGAGCCUGCCCAGGGCCGAGCCCCUGCCCGUGGUGUCCCUGGAGGAGGAGCCGCUGGUGAAACACGUCCUGAACAUCAACCUGCUCCUGUGUGUGUGUGCUGGGGUCUUCCUCUGGGCCUACUUCGCAUAG